CUCAUAUGGCUCGAACUGGCUCGUGUGUGGUUCCACUGAACCGCCGCCACCGCACUCCACACACAUACACGCGACGGCUGGCUGACUGACUGACACUCCGUACAAAAUGGCUGCACUGUCAUGAGGAUUUUCAGAUGUCAUCGGGCUUUAGCUAUUGAAUAAAAUAUACGCGACGGAUUUAAAAUUUCCGAAAGGACCAAACAAUUAAGCGUUAGCAUAAAAACUGUGAGAUAAACUAAGAAAAGUUGUGAUUUUUUAGCUUAAAUCGUAAGAAAUUUGUGCGAAAGGUCGAGCGCAGAAAACGGAGACGUGAGAAAAAAUUUUCUAUGCGAGUUCGCCAAGUUCCCGACGUCGGGAAAUAGAAGAGAAGCUGCUAUUUUCUACAAUAAGAAAGCCUUGCUGAACGUGAUGCGCACUGGGAUUACCAGAGAACGAAUUUGUUGCUGAAACUCUUGACUGCAUGCAAACGGAACAAAAAUUUAAAAAUAGUGCGAUUAUUGUAAAAGAAUAUAACUUAAAGAGCCUUAUAAAAGUGUAAACGCCUUUUUGAAAGUUUUUUUUACUACCAAUAACACGUUCGAUGUUGAAUUAAAAAAAGAAAAUUGUAAGAAGGGGAGAGAUUGGAAGAUUCUCUGCCGCAUAUCAAAACGGAGAACAGCUAAAAGGACCUAGCGGAGAAAGAAGCAGGCAUUGCUGAAGGAUUUUAUAUAGAAAGUGCUUUUAUUAUUCGAAUAAGUUUAGAGAAAGGAAGCGGAAUAAGGCAAAAAAAGAUAUUGAAGAAACUGUAAAUAUCUAUUUCUAUCGAAUAACGUUUGAUUAUAAUCAAAACAAAAUAGAACAAAAAGGCAUAGUCUAAUAAUUCUAUGUUUUGCGGUAACGGUAGUAGUGCUGGAAUGGCUACACUGUUACAGCAAAAAACUAGUAACUGUAUGAAAACAUUAUCAAAUGGCGGCGUAGUUGGUAGUGGAGCGACCGGUGGCAGUAGCAAUAAUCUAAACAGUACAUCAUCUGCUGCCACAACCAUACAACAAACAAGACUUAUUCUGCCACACGAAAUGGUCAAUUUACCUGUAACAGGUAAUCUAGUAGCCCCAUCGACUGGUCUAUGUUCAGUUUCGUCAACGAAUUACGUCAAUGUAACCUCAUCGUCAGGUGGAGCCUUCGUUGUCGCACAGCAACAUAGUCAGCAAAUAAUUCAGCAACAAUCAUUACAACACGAGUCUAACAACAGUCACGUUCAAUUCAGUAAUCAAGUCAAUCCUCUAUCGCAAUUCAACAGAUUCUUUACACAGAACAAUUUCCAAGAUGGAAGCAUCGGAUACAUGCCGGUGACUACAGCGUCAGUCAUUAAUAGUAUCAAAAAUGCACCUAGCACAAGCUCUCAUAUUCUCAUUACAAAUUCCGCCAGUAAUAUGGUAACGGCUGCAUCAACGUUAGUCGCAGGAACAGCCCCCCUCACUGUUGCAACGCUAGCACAUCAUAAUCAAAAUCACUCCUCGCAGUACGAACAAACAACCCCUAACACACAAAAUCGAGAUAUCACAGUUACAUCAUCGUUAGCCUCCAAGUCGCAGCUGACGACAGUGUCACAAUAUGAAAACUCCGCAUCUGAUCAGUCACAUUGCCUAGAUAGUAGCGCUAGAAACGUAAACUCCGCCGAAAAUCAUGAAAUUGUUGAUAAUGGCGACGACUACACAAAUUCUGCUGCAUCAGAUUGCAAUCGUGAUAUUAAGAAGGAUCAUUCAAACCUUGCCAACGGUGAUAUUCAAGCUGAGAAUGCUGAAGCAGCAGCGGAUCAAGAUGCGGAUCCUGAAAUUGAUAUAGUUAUAAAUAAUGUAGUAUGUUCGUUUAGUGUUAGAUGUCAUUUAAAUCUACGAGAGAUUGCAUUAAACGGUUUCAAUGUUGAAUUUCGACGUGAGAACGGAAUGGUCACAAUGAAAUUACGUCGGCCAUAUACGACGGCUUCUAUAUGGUCGUCUGGAAGAAUUACAUGUACUGGUGCUACAUCUGAAGAUCAAGCGAAAAUUGCAGCACGUCGGUACGCUCGUUGCCUUCAAAAACUAGGAUUUAAUGUAAGAUUUCAUAAUUUUCGGGUAGUAAACGUUCUUGGAACAUGUAGUAUGCCAUGGGCAAUAAAAAUAGUGAAUUUUUCGGAGAGAUACAAAAAGGAAGCCAGUUAUGAGCCUGAAUUGCACCCGGGCGUUACAUACAAACUGAAAUAUCCCAAAGCAACUUUGAAGAUCUUCUCGACUGGAAGUAUAACAGUUACCGCUGGCAGUGUGGCGCAUGUUCAGGCGGCGAUAGAGCAUAUUUUCCCACUAGUCUACGAGUUUCGAAAGAAGCGUACAUUGGAGGAUAUGGAAUUGUUACGUUCAAAGCAGAACUUACGCGAGGAAGAAGCGGAAGUGGAAGAAGAAGUACAUUCCCCUAGUCCAAAGAGGAAAAGACCUUUUGGAUACGCCGAAAACGAUCCAAAUGAAGAUAUUAUGUAUGUUUCUGAUGUGGAAGACUGCGAAAUAGAAGGGGGCUUAUAAGAUAAUGAGGAGUUAUACAAUUAUAUCGUAUGCAAAAGCAAGAAUAACACAAAACCUAAACAAAUUUUAUUGUAUUGAAAUUGAAACCAAAAUAUUCAGUUCUUAUGAGCUAUAGGUAAAAGCUAAAACAUUUAACAUAUUACUGUGAAAGGGCAGUGAGAAGAUGCAUCCGAUUUCUCAUAGGCGUAUCUUUGCAACAACUGUACUCGACCAACACCUAGGAACGGAGAGAAUUAUACCCGAUUUUCUCCCAACAACAUACAAUGCAAGUAUACAUUUUAAAUUAUUUAUGAGCUAAGUGUGCGAGAAUCCAAACGAAACAUGAUAUUUUCUUUAGUAAGGAUGUUAACAAAUAUUUAUGAUCAAACUAAUUUUUAUUGUAAUUAUCACAUCAUUUAUUUUUGCUUUCUGUGAAAUAUCGUAUCGAUACUGUUCUACCGUUUAUAUAUAAUAUUUUUUAAUUUUAAAAUUACUUUAGUCGAACACUAUUUAAAGAAAGUUAUUAAAUUAUGCGAUGAACUAGAAAUAGUGGUUGAAUGUUCGAGAAGAGUCGCUUCCAUGAAGUAUGACCACGAACACUACCUGUGCUGAUGAUAAUAGCAAUAGUGGACACAAUAAUUGAAAUUUGCAAUUCGAAUACGUCUUCUUUUUUGUUAACAAUAUAUUCAUAGAGGAACAAAACAUGUAGCUUUUAAUUGUUGAUUAAAAUUGUUUAUUGUAACGGGUGCGUUUUGAAUCCAAAGAAUUUAUGUAAAGUAUCGAAAUCUUAUAUAAAACUGAGGAAAGAAUAUUAAGAGAACUUAUUAUACAUUAAGUAAAUUAUAUACGAAAGGUAAUAAUAGCAUUAUAAAAGUCUGCUGUCAUAUUCUAAACUUCUACGGAUAAUGUUUCUGUUACGACUGAUCAUGUAUGUGCAUUGCUGAUAUACAUAAACGAAUUAUUACUGACAACAAAACAUUACUAUCCAAGAAGCUUUUAUUAUAUAAGAAUCAUUAAAAAUAUUGUCAUAUUGUUCCUAUGCGUUGCUUUGAAAACAAGCAAGUCGUUGUUCUGUUUGAAAAACAAUGAAAUGAGAAGGAAAAGCUGACGAACAAACAACGAAAACGAAAAAAAGAAUUCAGUUAAUAAAUGCAAUGUGUUCAAAUUUGAUAAUAAGUAAAAUGCAAUUAAAAUUGUUAUCAGUACCUCA